CGCGUCUCGAUGGUUCCUCCCCUUCGUUUACUUGCGGGGAAGGCGGAGGAGGUUGCAUCACUUCCGGCGACGCGCUGCGCUUCCGCUGCGUCUCGUUGGUUCCGGCAGGAGGGCGGCGGUGAAAGUCACUUUGAAGCGGAGUCGGUGCCAUGGCGGAUGACAUCAAAGCCAAACUGGAACGUUACAAGACGGCUCCGUUCGACAGCCGCUUCCCCAACCAAAACCAGACCAAGAAUUGUUGGCAGAAUUAUUUAGAUUUCCAUCGCUGUCAGAAAGCCAUGGCGGCCAAAGGGGCGGACGCCGCUCCGUGUCAGUGGUACUAUCGCGUCUACAAGUCCAUCUGUCCCACUUCUUGGGUGACAACGUGGGACGAGUACCGCGAGGAGGGGACCUUCCCUGGCAAGAUCUGAGCUUCACCCACCCCCCGGGGAGGGGACAUCUGUGUCACCAGAGUGGGUGGUGACGCAGCCAUCACCGGGGUGGGGGGGGGGGUGACGGACCCAUCCCCCACCCCAGGACGAGGUGGGGGGACACACACGGUUGUCGCCGGGGUUGGGGAGGGGACACCGCUGUCACCAGUGCGGUGGCACGACCAAUAAAGGGUUGAACUGG